AUGGAUGAUGAGUACUCGUCAAGCUCCUCAGAGGAGACGGGGGAUGAAUUCAAGCCUUAUAAAAAAUCAAAACAGGAAUCCUCCUGUUCCGAAAGCUCAGAUGAUGGAGACCUAAAAGAAAAAAGUGUUCAACAGCAAAAAAUGGAGUUUUCGGAAGUUCUGGAAGCAGAUGGCAUUUGGAGGAGCGGUCCGUACUUCAUAAACUUUCGAAAGAAAGAAAUGGAAACAAUCGUCAAAUUGGGAGCCAGAACUUCAACAGACGUCUCCAACUUCGUUCUUCCAAAAUUUGAGAAAUCUGGUUCGAAAUUUGCUUCAUUUGAUGUGUCCAGUGGAAUAUACAAUGAUAGUUUGAAGUGGUCACGAAAGGAGAAAGGAAAACCAGUGAUUAAACCAAGAAAGAGAUUGAUUUCGUUGGCAGGAGAACAGUUCGAAGUGACAAGCUUUUGUUCUCCUCUCUGUUCUUCGUUCAAGAAAUAUGUAGAUAGCUUGAGUAAAAAGGUUCGAGAGGAGUUGGCCGGGAAGACGAUUAAGUCAGUUUUCGAGAAUCUGAAAAAGAUUCAUCCCGAAUUGACGAUUACUCCUCGCUCCUCCGAAUGCGUGCAACUUCUUCGACAUCUCCAUGCGGCUCGAUCCUCGCAGAAAUCGUUCGAUGAAUCAAGGAGAAGAUUUCACUCGUGGAAAUGGAACUGGAGGAGAGUCGAUCUACUAAGGGAUGUUGUCAAAUACGGAACUCAAGACGAACCGGCAGAUCGGGAACUCUUAGCAGCCUUGGCUCAUACAAGAUGGCUGAUGCUGUCCGUGGAAUCUGGCAAUCCACACCCAGAGAGUCUCGUUGACCUUCAUGAGCAAUUCGGAAGAGCCAACAUCUGCCGUGCCGCACUCGCUAGCUACGAUGGAAUGUACUUCCUUUUCAAGUGGAAUCAGAAAGAACAGAAAGGCUGA